AUGACCCAACUGGGAUUCCUGCUGUUUAUCAUGGUUGCCACCAGAGGGUGCAGUGCAGCCUCUGCAUCUUCCCUAGCUGAAGAGAACCUGGACACCAACAGAUGGGGCAAUUCUUUCUUUUCCUCUCUGCCCAGAAGCUGCAAGGAAAUCAAGCAGGAGGUCACAAAGGCACAAGAUGGCCUCUAUUUCCUGCGCACGGAGAAUGGUGUCAUCUACCAGACCUUCUGUGACAUGACCACUGCAGGUGGUGGCUGGACCCUGGUGGCUAGUGUGCACGAGAACAACAUGCGCGGGAAGUGCACUGUGGGCGAUCGCUGGUCCAGUCAGCAAGGCAACAGAGCUGAUUACCCAGAGGGGGAUGGCAACUGGGCCAACUACAACACUUUUGGGUCUGCAGAGGGUGCCACAAGUGAUGACUACAAGAAGUACCCGGUGAAAUAUGGAGAAGGAAAGUGUUGGACUGACAAUGGCCCAGCAUUACCUGUGGUCUAUGACUUUGGUGAUGCUCAGAAGACAGCCUCUUAUUACUCCCCCUCUGGCCGGAAGGAAUUCACUGCAGGAUAUGUUCAAUUCAGAGUGUUUAAUAACGAGAGAGCGGCCAGUGCCUUGUGUGCUGGCAUCAAGGUCACUGGAUGUAAUUCUGAAGCUCACUGCAUCGGUGGAGGAGGAUUCUUCCCAGAAGGUAACCCCGUGCAGUGUGGAGACUUUGGUGCAUUUGAUUGGAAUGGAUAUGGAACUCACAUUGGGUACAGCACUAGCCGGGAGAUAACUGAAGCAGCUGUGCUUCUGUUCUAUCGCUGAGAACUCUGCGGGAUUGGCCCUGACUGCUCCAAUCUGUGGGCUCCAAGACAUGAGAAAC